AAAACUAUUUUUUUCACAGGCCGACCUCCGUAGACUUGCCUUGACCCAGACUGGACCCUUAAAAUCCUGCUUGCCAUCACAAUGGAAUAGAAGAGUACUUUGGACUACUUUAUGCAAAGAAUUUAUAGACUGUUCCAGAAAGAGAGAUCUUUGUAAGCACCUGGAGCCAUGGCACCUGUUGUUGGAGGUCCUGUGGGAUACACCCCUCCUGAAGGUGGCUGGGGUUGGGCCGUAGUGUUUGGUGCCUUCGUUUCUAUCGGUUUCUCCUACGCCUUCCCAAAAUCCAUCACUGUGUUCUUCAAGGAAAUUGAAGUGAUCUUCAGCGUCUCCAGCAGUCAAGUGUCCUGGAUCUCUUCCAUCAUGCUUGCUGUCAUGUAUGGAGGGGGUCCUGUCAGCAGUAUCCUGGUCAAUAAGUAUGGAAGUCGGCCAAUUAUGAUUUUAGGAGGCUGUCUUUCAGGAAUCGGGCUUAUCGGUGCCUCUUUCUGCAAUACUGUCGAAGGCUUGUACUUCUGUGUCGGUGUAGUGGGAGGUCUGGGACUGGCAUUUAAUCUCAACCCAGCUCUUACAAUGAUCGGAAAAUAUUUCUACAAGAGGCGCCCAAUAGCUAAUGGCAUCGCUAUGGCUGGUAGCCCAGUCUUUUUGUGUACUCUGGCUCCCCUGAACACCUGGUUCUUCGACCAAUUCGGCUGGAGAGGGAGCUUCUUGAUUCUGGGUGGACUUCUGCUGAAUUGUUGUGUAGCUGGAUCACUGAUGAGGCCCAUUGGGCCAAAACCAAAACCUGCUGUUAAAGCUGCCAACAGUAAUAGUGCAGCCAGAGAGAAAAAGAGCGUAAUAGAGACAAUCAAUGGUUUUAUCGAUCUUACACUCUUCAAGCAUCGUGGCUUCUUGCUUUACCUUCUUGGUAACGUGAUCAUGUUCUUCGGCCUCUUCACUCCUCUUGUGUUCCUCAGUAAUUACGCCAAGAGUAAGGACAUUCCCAGAGAGAAGGCAGCUUUUCUGCUUUCAGUCCUGGCCUUUGUAGAUAUGGUGGCACGACCUUCAAUGGGAAUAGUCGCCAACACAAAAUGGGUGAGACCAAGGGUGCAGUAUUUCUUUGCAGCAUCCAUUCUCCUUAAUGGUGUGUGCCACCUGCUUGUCCCUCUGACCACAGACUACACAGGGUUUGUAAUAUACUCCAUGUUCUUUGGGUUUGCCUACGGCUGGUUGAGCUCUGUGCUGUUUGAGACCCUCAUGGAUCUUGUGGGAACUCAACGUUUUUCCAGUGCUGUAGGACUGGUGACGAUUGUGGAAUGUGCACCAGUUUUACUGGGGCCACCUUUACUAGGGAAGUUCAAGGACAUCUACCAUGACUACAUGUAUACAUACAUUUCCUGUGGAAUUGCCCUUGUGGUUGGCAGUUUGUUUCUGUUCAUCGGAAUGGGUAUCAACUACAGGUUACUGAAUAAAGAAGCAAAAGAGGAAUCCAAGAGAGCCAACCUACAGGAGGAACCUGGCAAAGAGAUUGUACAGGCUCUGAAAGGACCCAGUGACAAUACUGCAGAGGAUGCUGUGUGACAAUAGCUGAUCCUGUGCUUUUUUUCUGGGUGUUUCUUUCAUUUCUGUGCUUUCUACAUCAACGAUCUGAUUACAGACAUCCAUCUUGGACUAUUCUGGUUGUGAUGCAAAAGUUUCAGUUCCUUGCAUGAGCACAUGCAUGCAAUAUAUAUUUUAUAAUAGGGCUGGACAAUAAUUCAAUAUCAAUAUGUAUUGCGAUAUAUUUUUCCCAAUAACGGUUAAAUGAUUUCCGAUAUUUCGAUAUACAUUGCCAGUGUUUCCCAUACAUUGAUUUAUAUGUGGGGUUUGACUUCGUUGAAUAAACAUGAGUACUGCACGUUUCAAAAUCAAAACACGUCGCGGGUGUUUUAUAUGAAUGUAUAUCUGAAGGGAACCUACUGUCUUCAGAAAAGUUUCGAUGACAUUUUCAUUUUAUCUGAUAAAGAAUCGUUCAUAACCGCGGGUUCUACACUGUUCUACAGCUCACAGCGCCUCCUGCUGGCAGACAAUCACUUUGCAUUCAAGUCCGUAU